AUGGCGGGGAGCGUGCAGCGGAAGGCGGAGAUGACGAGCGCGGAAGCGGAGUGGGCGGAGGGUUUGGAGGAAGGGGAGAGCUGGUGGAAUGUGUCGCGCGGGGAGGUGGCGUUUCCCUCGGGUAACCAGCCCAUGGUUACGGCACACGUGUUCCUCGGGGAGCUCUCGCGCUUCUCGUCAUCGGCCUCGUUCUUUCCUCGCUUCCUGUUCUUACCUCCCUUUCCCUUGUUCUUCGGCAUGGCUGCAGAUCACAUCUCGCAGGAAUUCGUUUCCAGCCACCUUCGCUCACCUCUCGCCAUGGGCUGGUUACCCGAGGGAAACGCCACCUCCCCGCGCGACCCCUUCCAUCAGCUCUCCCCUUCCGCCAAACCCUCCGCGCACUCCGCUUCCGCGCACGUCAUCUCCGCCUUCCGCUGCACGCUCCCCGCCAUCGUGCUCGGCGCGCUUCUCCUCGGAAAUCUCCUCCUUUUCUCCGCCAACCCCCGCCUCUGGCCCGCCUGCCCGCCCGACCGCGACGCCGUCGACGCGCUCGUGCUCGCGGGGCUACAGCCGGGCGGCGCUAGCAGCGGCGGGGGAUUGCAGGCCGUAGGGGCGCUACAGCCGUCCGUGUCGGUUGUAGUCGAACGGCCGGCAGGUGGCGCGGGCGCUGCCGGCGGCGAGAGCGCCGCGGCGGGGGAAGCGGCGGAAUGGUGGCGGGAAAAAGACAGCGCGUAUAGUCCAAUUGGCGGAAAGGGCGGCGGAGGUACCCCUCGCCUGGCGUACGGCAUCCUCGGCGCGAAAAACGACAGCACCCGCGUCGUGCGCCUCCUACUCGCCAUCUACCACCCGUUGAACCACUACGCCGUCCAUAUCGACGACCCGGAGGAAACUCUCGCGCUAAAGACAAAAAUUGCAGCCCACCCCGCGCUGUCGAGCCGCGCGAAUGUUGUCGUUAUUCCGGACCCCGAAGUAGUCACGUACCAGGGGUCGACGCUGCUGUCCGCGACGCUGCGCCUCGCGCAUGUGCAUAUAGCGAGCGGCGCGCAGUGGGACUGGUUCAUCAACCUGAGCGCUGCGGACUACCCGUUAAUGUCACAAGACGACAUGCUCUAUCUCUUUUCGCACGUAGAUCGCAGCCUCUCGUUCAUGGACCACAGCGUCGAGCACCGAUUCGACUACCGCCAGCGUGCAGUGAAUCUGGACAGGGCGCUCUUCCAGGCGCACAGAGGGCACAAGCUCAUGCGGGACGUGCGGCCCGCUGCCACUCGCUUCCAUGUUUUCAUGGGCUGCAACUGGAUCAAGGCGUCGCGUCCCUUUCUGCGCUACGUCCUAUGGGAGCCCGCCAGCUGGCCGCGCCGCAUCCUCAUGUACAUGGCUGACGUCAUCGACUCAGACGAGCACUACUUCAGCACCGUCGCCUGCCAGACAGCGCGCUUCAACCGCUCGCUCCUGAAUGCCAGCCUUCACUUCGCCACAUUCGCCAAGGGCAGCCCGCACUACUUUAGCACCGUCGCCUCCCACUCGCCCCGCUUCAACCGCACGCUCCUGAAUGCCAGCCUUCACUACGCUACCUUCGCCAAGGGCAGCCCGGCGUCAGGGGUGUUAUGGUAG